GUUUGUCCAAUAGGAGCGGCCGCCCAGACGGGACGAUGACGUCACCAUCUCGCUGAAGUAUUGGGUGAGGGUUUGAAUCUCAAGGUGAAAAAAAGAAGAAGAAAGAAACGAUUUGCACCAUUGAACGGAAGCAGCACCAAUGAGAAAAAUGGGACUUUCGGGGAGUGUUCCAGGUGUGGUUAACGAGCCGAAACUAUGGAUCGUUGUAUCAGGUGACUACUGUGAAGGGGACGGUAGCUACAUUUAAAUCAGGCGGCAUAAAGGUGGAAUACUGCUCCAGGAACUAGGACUGUUACCAGCUGUAAUGCCCAGAAGACCUGAAGAGGGGAGGAACAACGCAGGGGAAGUGAGAAAAGCUCAUGGAAGUUGAUGGAUUGAAGCAGGAAGAGGACUUCAACAAGAGCAGCAAGUCAAGGAUGAAAAUCGGGGGAAGGAGAAAAAGAGGGAUGAAAGUUUGGAUGACGACUCCUACCUGCGGUGUUAUGGGCCUAAACUGGUUGUAGCAGUAAAGGUUGAGUUCUCGGCGGUCAGGGUCGCAGCUGAAGUGCAGCGCCUCAUUCCCAUAGACGGCGAAUCCAAGGACGCCCAGGAAGAACAUCCGCACGGAGCCGAAGAACAAGGUAUAAGGCCAUAGUAAACCCCAUGGACAUCCAGACAUCCAGCGCUGUCUUCUGGACGUGUCUGAAAGCUGUUUCUAUCUGGCUGCUUUCCGUCCUGCUGGCUGUUCCUGAGGCUAUUUUCUCCCAAGUCGUCUCCAUGCAGGGUCACAGGGACAACACAAAUGUCACCUUUGUGAACUGCGUGCCCUACCCGCUGUCCAAUCAGAUGCAUCCUAAGAUCCACUCAGUGAUGAUCUUCCUGGUUUACUUCCUCAUCCCUCUGGCCAUCAUCUCUGUGUACUACUACCACAUUGCCCGCACGCUCAUCAAGAGUGCCCAUGACAUGCCGGGGGAAGUCAGCGAGCACACCAAGAGACAGAUGGAGACGAGGAAGCGUCUGUCUAAGAUCGUGCUGGUUUUUGUGGGCCUGUUCGCCCUGUGCUGGUUCCCAAACCACGUCCUCUACAUGUACCGCUCCUUCCACUACCACCAGAUGGAUCUGUCGCUGGCCCACCUCGUCAUUACUCUUCUAGCCCGGGUCCUCAGCUUCUCCUCGUCCUGCGUCAACCCGUUUGCGCUCUACCUGCUCAGUGAGAGUUUCCGCAGACACUUCAACAGUCAGCUGCGAUGUGGUCGAGGUCCUCGCCCUGAGCGCCAAGCCAGCUAUCUGCAUAGCACCUCCCACAUCCGCCUCACCUCCAUCAAGAAGAACACGCCCACUGCUGCCCUCGCUCCGGCAGCCAAUGGAAACCCCAACAGACAGGAAGUGGCUCUGUGAAGCAGGACGCUAAGAGUCUGACAUUUUCAGCUUCACCUCCUCCCGAGUGUGAAAUGUUGGACUAUCGUAGGAGAGGUUUUCUGUUGCGGAGCAGCGAUGGAUGGUGGAGGGAAGGACAGCGGACACGAGUCUUGUACAAGUUGAAUGGCUGCAACGGUCGCUCCUUUCCCAUCAGAGUUAUCGUCUACAUCCUUACCUUGGCAACCAAACAGAAAGUGCCUCUUAGAAAUACAAGACGGACAGUAUAAAAACUAAGAACACUUUUUUCCAGGAUGAUUCUCCAGAUUUAUUAACAGUAACUGCAUAAAAAAUAAAGAUGGAUGGAAUCAAAUUUGUGAGAAAAGCCUCACAGACUUUAAAGCCGACAGCAUGGCUGCAACGUUAGCAUAUCUGCAGCUAUUGCUCGUUUUCUCUGUGCUUUGCUGCCGGGAGGCUCACCGUCAAUGGACUCAUCUAAAAAGCCAUUUUUGUGUGUUGAUUUCACUGAGUGGGCUCGUUUGUCUGCUGCACUCAGAUAAAG